AUGUCUGCAAGCAUGGUCAGCCGAGUACAAAUUGACAUCAUCAACAAACUGCAGAUGCGAAAGGAAUACAUAAUGAUCAAUGUAGGGAACGACAGACCUAUUGUGUCCCUGGUCGUGCGAGCAAUGCAGCACCCCAUGAAUUCAUAUACAGAUCUCGACUUCCUGAUACCUUCUGAAGUUGCCACUCCGACUGACAUCAAAAAGUCUUUCGUCUACGCAGACAAUAUCAACUGGGGCAGAGAGAUCAUAGAUCACCUGCUGGAUUUACUGCCAAAAGGAAUUCGACAAGCAGGUCUCAUUCGAACAUACAAUACCGCAUACUCGCAGGCGUAUAGGACGAGGGUAAUGGAGGAGUUCCAAACUGGAGCUGUCCAUAUCUUAGUGUGUACUGAUGCUGCAGGAAUGGGAUGCAAUAUCCGUGAUAUCGAACACAUCGUCCAGUGGAGAUUGCCUGUCUUGGUAUCAAGCUUUGAGCAAUGCUCGGGUCGCGCUGCGAGGGACCUGAAGCUGAUAGGGCUGGCCAUCCCCUUGGUAGAGCCCUCCGCAUACAAGUGGGACCACCAAAAAGGGCCAAAACAAAGCUGGGUCCUCAAAAGUAUCCCCGCAGCAAGAAAGAAGAGCGCCAAAGCAAGACAUGACUAUGCUAUCGAGAGAGGGAGUAGGCACGGGUUCUCAGGGCCUCUGGCAUCCUGA